AAAAUCAAAUCAAAUAAAUCCCUCAAAUGGAACCCAAAUAAUUUCCAUUUCCCACUUUUUGUAUUUCCUGUUCUUCUUCUUCAUCUUCAAACCCACAAAAUUUUUUUAACAAAAAUCUUAUAUAGUGAUAGUGCAGGCGAUGAAUCUUUGGUCGGACGAUAACACGUCAGUUAUGGAAUCUUUUAUGAGCUCAGACAUAUCUGCUUUAUGGCCACCACCACCACCUCCGCCGCCGCCGCAGCAAUCUCAGCCGUCCGUUCCUCUCAACCAAGACUCUCUCCAACAACGUCUCCAAGCUCUCCUCGAAGGUGUUCGUAAUUGUUGGACUUACGCUAUUUUUUGGCAAUCCUCAUACGAUUACGCCGGCGCCGCCGUGCUCGGCUGGGGAGACGGGUAUUACAAAGGGGAAGAAGAUAAAGAGAAAGCAAAGUCAAAAGCUUCUUUAUCUACAAUCGCCGAGCAACAGCAUCGUAGAAAGGUUCUCAGAGAACUCAACUCUUUGAUUUCCGGUUCAACCGCCACCACUGACGACGCCGUCGAUGAAGAAGUCACCGACACCGAAUGGUUCUUUUUAGUUUCCAUGACCCAAUCUUUCGUUAACGGCAACGGACUUCCGGGACAAGCUUUUUUCAAUUCAUGUCCAGUAUGGGUCGCUGGAUCGGACCGCUUAGCCAAUUCUACGUGUGAAAGAGCGAAACAAGGACGGGUUUUCGGUUUACAAACGAUAGUUUGUAUACCGUUGGCGAAUGGUGUCGUGGAAUUGGGCUCAUCGGAAUUCAUUAUCCAAAGCUCCGAUCUAGUGAAUAAGGUUCGAGCGCUGUUUAAUGGAAUUGAAGCUGAAACUUGGUCUAUGAGCAACAACACUGACGACCCAUCAUCUUUUUGGAUUAGUGAUCCAAAUAACAUUAAUAAUCAAAAUCCGAGUUCUAGUAGUUUAACUGAGAAUCCGAGUUCCAUUCAUGGCAGCUUGCAUUUCAACAAUUACGGAAAUUCAUUUUCCCAUUUGUUGAAACCGGAAUCCGGGGAAAUAUUGAAUUUCGGCGAAAGUAAAGGAAUCAGGAACGGUAAUUUGAUUUCUCGGAAGAAGAGAUCGCCGAGUAAUGAAGAGGGGAUGCUUUCUUUUACUUCCGAUGUGAUGAAAUCGGGUGGUGGUGGAGAUUCAGAUCAUUCCGAUCUGGAAGUUUCGGUUAUUAAAGAAGCAGAUAGUGCAAGAGUUACCAUUACCGCGGAACCCGAAAAGAGACCACGAAAACGGGGGAGAAAACCGGCUAACGGAAGAGAAGAGCCUCUGAAUCACGUCGAAGCAGAGCGUCAAAGACGAGAAAAGCUUAACCAAAGGUUUUACGCCUUACGUGCAGUGGUACCAAACGUAUCCAAGAUGGAUAAAGCAUCUCUUCUGGGGGAUGCUAUUUCGUAUAUUAACGAGCUAAAGAUAAAGCUACAGAAUGCGGAUUCAAAGAAAGAAGAGUUGCAUAAACAAUUAGAAGAAACCAAGAAAGAAGGUCAGCGAGGAGGCCUCACCACGUCCCACAAAUUACUAGAAUUGGAUAUCGACGUUAAGACUAUCGGAUUAGACGCCAUGAUUCGAAUCCAAUCCAAUAAAAAGAAUCAUCCAGCAGCACGGUUAAUGGCUGCCUUACAAGAGUUAGACCUCGACGUACACCACGCUAGCGUAUCCGUCGUUAACGACCUGAUGAUACAACAGGUUAAUGUGAAGAUGGGGAACCAAUUUUACAACCAAGAACAACUUAGGAUCGCUCUAACAUCCAAAGUUGGAGAUCCAAGAUAGACAAUCAUCCCAACUAGUCUCUUCUCUUAGUAGUGUAAUAAGCUCAAAUAGGCCUUAUUUUUGGUGUUCAAUGUUGUAGUGUAUGUCAUCCAUGUAUACAGUAUAUAUAUGUUGUUACAUAGAUUAGAACCUAAACGAAGAUCUGGGUUUUGGUACCAUGUUGUUCACUUUCAGACAUUAAUUCUUAGUGUUUGAGAUUGUGUGAACAUUGAACAUGAAAAUUUUACUUCAA